AUGGGAAAUCGAAGCAGUGGCGUAGGAGCCGAGUGGAAGCUAGUCAGGGUGAUCACGGACAUGCAGCUCAACAUCUUCGCCAACAUGCUGGGCGUGAUGCUUUUAUUGCUUGUGGUUCUCUAUCACUAUGUGGCAGCCAACAAUCCCAAGAAGCAAGAAUGA